AUCGGUCAUACCUGCUCAGAUAAGACGAACUGGUCCUGUGGUAGCUGUGCGAUGCACUGCAGCACACCGGAUUUAGGAUUAGGGUUUAUAUGAUAUGACCCGUCAUGGCUACAAUGGAGAGGAUACUAGCUAUAGUUUCAUAAACAGACUAGACAACAGUGGCGUGAAAGCUUCGAUACUUUUUGGGAACUAUUAAGCUAAAGUUAUAGCUAGUUAGGUAGUGUUCGCGGGUGCGUAAAUACUGUUUAGAUCGCAGCACUAUCAUGCAUACUUUGUGUUCAGUAUUAACACGAAACGACAAGAUCUAUUCAUGAAUCGCGGCUAAUUGAGCCAGUAGGCUAAACAUUGACUUAAGUGCAUAGCUAGUAUUUUCCCACAGAGUAGCCCGAUAUGGGACCGAUAAUUGGACACACUGCCUCUCUAAUAAAAUCUCGUAGCUGCCACUGGAUUACCACCCUGGGAAUUCCCAAUUUCAACAGCAUCAUCACCAGAAGAUAGGCUAAUGCUAUAGGUUACCCACAUGUAAACACAAAUUGUAAAAUUAACUAGGAAUUAUAUGCGAAAUGGAUUAUAGACGAAAAAGGAAGUGUACAUUUUUCACGAUCGGAUUAAUCUUCCUUCUUAGUGGCAUCGAGUAUGCGGUGAUCCUGCCCACCAUAUGGAUGUAUCUGCAGACUCUGGGCGCGGCCCCGUACUUCCUGGGGCUGGGGCUGUCUGCCUUCAGCCUGAGCGGCCUGCUCUGUAGCCCCCUGUUCGGCUUCUGGUCCGACCGCAUGCGCACCACCAAGAACGUCAUCCUCUUCUCCAACGUCUUCGAGAUCAUCGGUAACUUCAUGUACUUCCUGGGCUACUCCAAGUGGCUUUUGCUGGCCAGCCGGUUUGUGGCAGGUAUCGGGACGGGCGCCGGCUCCUGCAUUUUUGGGUUCCUGACGCGGAGCACCGCCUCGGAGGACCGCGCGACCGUGUUUGCAGUUGUCAUGGCGUGUCGACAGGUCGGCCUGCUGAUUGGCCCGGCCUUCAACAUCUUCCUCAGACUGUGUGAUUUCCAGCUGGGUCCAUUUGUGGUGAAUAAAUUCACCUCCCCAGGGCUCUUCAUGUCUGUGCUGUGGCUGCUGCUGCAGCUGGUGGUGCUCUUCCUCUACUGGGACCUGCCCCUGCGGGGAGAGGGGGAUGGAGAGGGGGAGGGAGAGGGAGGUGAAGACGAGGAGAAACCCCUGAUGAGCCCGAAGGAGACCCCGGGGACCUAUGGCACCAUCUGCUCCAGCCAAUCAGAGAGUUCUGCAGUCUCCAAUGGCAACCUGCCCCACCUGUCUCCGCCCCCCUCGCCCCCCCCACAGCCCACUCCUGUGAACCCUUUCAAGAACUUCAGCAGUGCCCGAGAGUAUCUGAGGGAGGAGGUUGUUGUGCUUCUCACAGCUCAGUUCAUUGUGCUGUUCAACCAGACAGCUCUAGAGACGAUGGUGACGCCCGUGACUCAGCAGCUGUUUGGCUUCGGUGAGCUGGAGAACAGCGUGAUGUACUGUGUGUGUGGGGUGGAGGUGGUGGCCGGCUUCCUCCUGGUGCGCUGGCUCAGUCUGCGGGUGCCAGAGAGGGGCCUGCUGGCUGCCGGACUGCUCAUCUGCAACCUGGCCUGUGUGUGGUGCCUGGUGUUCCUGGCCCGACCACAGGGUGGGUAUAGCUGGCAGCUGGCGGAGUUUAUUAUCGGGGUGUUCCUGCAGGUUUUGGGGCUUCCCUUUGUAGCUGUGGCCCAGGUGUCUCUCUUCUCCAAAGUCACGGCGGAGAAGACGCAAGGAUUCAGUCAGGGGGUGCGGCGUUCGGUGGGGGGGCUGGGCACCAUCCUAGGCCCCCUGUGGGCAGGAGGACUCACUGACAACCUGUACAUCAUGCUGGGGGUGAUGAUGGGUCUACUGGUCCUGCUGUCUGUGAUGAUGUUCUUCUCCUACGACCGGCUGGUUGAACAGCGCGUGGUGGAGCAGGCCGAUAGCCCGGAGGAAGAGGAGGAGGAGGAGGAAGAGCGGGAGAGCUAGCGAGGGUUGGGUUAAGAGGGUUCAGGUUUGGGGUGCGUCUGUUCGGGCCGCGGGAUGCUCUUGUGUUGGAGGGGUCUGGACCUGUGCACACUGAAGCUACACUGAAGUGUUAUAUUUCCUGUGGAAAAUGUCUUUAUGAAAUGUGUGUAUGUGUGUAUGUGUAUAUGAAUGUGUUGCACCUGCAGGGUGUGAGAGUGAAAUGGCUGUCCGGCUGAUGGAAGGUAGGGCCUCGCUGGGCCUUUAUGUCUGGAGGGUCCUGAGGUUUCAUCUGAGAGUAGGGUGUCCGGGGCAGGGUGUC